AUGAGAGUUGCCCUUAAAAAAGUAAUAUCAUAUCAAGAUGUAAUACCAAGUACACUUAUCUGUGGAGAACUAGUUAGAAUUAAAGGAAUAAUAUAUGAUUUGAUUCCAAAUCAAGACAUUCACCUUUAUGUUAGUAUUGAUAAUUAUAUAUUUUCAGAUUUUCCAAUUUAUCAAAUGGGCGAAGAUUAUACACUUAAUUUUGAAAUUAAUUUCACAGCACCGUAUUAUAAUGGAUAUAAAUAUAUGUAUUUGUGGGCCGAAUGUGGAAAUAUUUCAACAAAUAAAGAAUCGUAUUGGAAAUGGAUUCAUCCUAGACCAAAAAUUUUUGAAUACGAACCUUUAGAUCCUCAAUAUUCGAUAGGCGAAGCAAUUAAUUUUGAAUUCAAAGGAUGGAGUCCUACAUCUGCCUAUAUUAGAUAUAAGUUCGACGAGAAAAAUGAAUGGAAUGACCUUGGAGAGUAUAAGCAAUACAACAACGAUAACCUUACUCUAAGAUAUCAAAUUCCAACAAAAGACAAAAUUUUCUUGCAAGGUCAGAAAAAAUUACAAUAG